GUGAUCUUUUUCUCUUUAUUUUUUUAUCUUUGAUUCUCUUGCGGUAAAUUAUAGGGUGACCGAUUUAUAAAUCAUGGUUGUCAAAAAGGAUUUGAAUUUAAGUUGUUUUGUUGAUCUUUCUUCUGGAGACACUGAUUUAGGAACCUAUUGAUUUAUGAAAAGAAUUACAUUUUCUAGUCAUAACAUUAUGGGGCUUGGAUUGUUGAAUAUAUACAAUUUUGGUGAUAGAUCAGAUUAACAGACAGGGUUUUGAGAAUGUCGACAGUUGGGAAUUCGACAAACAUAUUUUGGCAAGAAUCACCCAUUGGGAAAGCUGAAAGGCAGAAGUUGUUAAACCAGAAGGGUUGUGUGGUGUGGAUCACAGGGCUCAGUGGCUCAGGGAAAAGCACGUUAGCUUGCUCGCUGAGUAGAGAGCUUAACAACCGAGGAAAGCUAUCAUAUAUUCUUGAUGGGGACAAUCUUCGUCAUGGUUUGAACAAAGAUCUUGGUUUCAAGGCAGAGGAUAGAGUUGAAAAUAUACGCAGGGUCGGAGAAGUAGCAAAACUCUUUGCGGAUGCUGGUUUGAUCUGCAUUGCCAGCCUCAUAUCACCAUAUAGAAAAGACCGUGAUGCCUGCAGGGAGAUGAUGCAGGAUUCAUCUUUUAUCGAGGUUUACAUGAACAUGUCUUUACAAUUGUGUGAAGCAAGAGACCCUAAAGGCCUAUACAAGCUAGCCCGUGCAGGAAAGAUCAAAGGUUUCACGGGAAUAGAUGAUCCGUAUGAAUCUCCCUUGAAUUGUGAGAUAGAGCUGAAAGAGAAAGAAGGAGAGUGUCCUUCCCCUGUAGCUAUGGCUGAAGAAGUCAUCUCUUAUUUAGAAGACAAAGGUUUCCUUCAAAACGAGUAA